AGUUAGCACACACAAAUACAUAAUUUUAAAGAAAUAUACAUAAAUGGCACCCGAUGGAUCAAAGGGUCUGAAAGGGGUCGUGGCUGGCGGUAUUACGGGAGGCCUAGAGAUUAUGGCGACCUAUCCCACAGAGUUUGUGAAAACGCAAUUGCAAUUAGAUGAGAAGGGCGAUGGUCGGAAAUUCAAAGGAACAUUAGAUUGCAUAAGAAAGACUGUGAAUACGAAUGGCGUUUUCGGUCUAUAUAGGGGUUUGAGUGUGUUACUGUUGGGCAGCAUACCCAAGAGUGCCGCUAGGUUUGGAUCGUUUGAGUAUUUUAGCCACACUUUCCAAGGCUACAAAAUCAACAAUCAACGAUUUAUGGCUGGCUUCUUGGCCGGCCUGACAGAAGCUGUGCUGGUUGUUACCCCAAUGGAAACGAUCAAAGUGAAGCUCAUUAAUGACAAUCGAAGUCCAAAUCCAAAAUAUAGGGGUUUAUUUCAUGGUGUAACAGAAAUUGUCAAGGCAGAAGGAAUUGGCGGUAUCUACAAGGGUUUACUACCCACCAUGGUCAAGCAGGGUACCAAUCAGGCCAUCAGAUUCUGUGUGCUUUUCGCUCUAAAGGAUAUGUACACUGGAAAUGAUCCCAAUAAGUCAGUGCCGAAAUUGGGAGUCGGUAUUUUUGGUGCCAUUGCUGGAGCUAUAUCUGUGUUUUUCAACAAUCCCGUCGAUGUGGUGAAAACCCGUAUGCAAGGCAUGGGAGCGCAUAAGUAUAAAAACUCAGCCGACUGCUUUCUACAGACUCUACACUCGGAGGGUCCAAUGGCAUUUUACAAGGGCACAUUACCACGUUUGGCUCGCGUCUGUGGGGACGUGGCCCUUACAUUUAUGAUCUAUGACACUAUUAUGGAGAUUAUUAACACUGUUUGGAAGGAAAACAAAAUAAAUACUUCGUAAUUUACUCAAGAUUUCCAUCUUGAUUUUAAGAUAAAUAUAUUUUAUUGUAAAUAAUUAA